AUGGACUCUAUGAGAUCUUUGAACAGCUCUCUUCCGGGGGGUAAAUCCCCUUCAAAACAACAGAAUAGCGAACCCCCACAACAGGCUCUCAUCGCACAUUUCAAGGCCGCCGCUUUGUCCGUUACCAACCUCUAUAAGACCGCCGCCGCAGAUCAAGGAAGAGCUAGGGCAGAAGGAUACCAGGAUGCACUGGAUGACCUCUUGAUUUUCCUCGACAAAAAAGAUAUUGGGUUGAGCGAUGGCGAGGGUUGGAGGAUUCGAAGAUGGGCGACUGAGAGGUUAGAUGGUCGGGAAGCAUUACACAACGAUAGCGACGAUGAGGUUCCCGAAAAAACAGAUAGUGGAUCCCCACCAGUUGUUCAUAGAUCGCAAACUUCAACACAUAUUCCGGCGUCGACUCCUAAACCAACAAGAGCGGCUUCACCAAUGAGAGCAGAGUCAGCGCCUCCACCUCCGACCGUUAUACUACCCGACCCAGAACCUCCAACGAUUACAGCGCUUCCACAAGGCACAUUUACCUUUCGAUCCUCGCAACAAUAUCCACAAGAUCCCGAUAUCCUACUGUCAGAUUUAGAUUUAUCGGAUAAGGGUUGUCCUCAAAUCCAUGAUGGUUUCAGUAAUCAGCCAGCGGGUAUAUCCCUUACUCGACCUCUACGGACUAACGCAAGACACAACAAUCAUACUUCUCGACUAAAUGCUAGAUCUUCGACUGCAAUAGGUCGGGGAGCUGGCCAAAAGCGAAAAAUAAACUUUGGAGAUUUCUUCGAUCUAGGAAAUCUAGGGCAUGGAGACGAUUCUUCCGCAUUUGGUGGAUGGACGAUUUGUAACGGCCUUGAUGAUAACAUGCCUAUACAAUUUCGGGGACCUUGUUUCUACGCAGCAUUUACAUGGGGUGGUGAUGAUGGGGCUAGCGGAACCGAAGACCGUGCAUUGGAAGGCGUCAAGUAG